UGUGAAUUCAGGCUGCAAGGUAAAGAAUCUUCUCAGUGAUUAUUGUAAAGUGUGUAGGGACAUAAAAUGUAUGGUGUUAUUUUAGUAUAGUGAAUGACAGGAAAACACUCGGAUCUAACAGUCCAUUUCACCUGGGAAAGGGGUAACUGCCUCUAAAAUGAGUCUCUCUGGGGAGAGAGAGGAGGGUGGCCCUGCCACUAAAAUGAGUAUCUCUGGGGAACAAGACACCAAAGCUAAGAGCCCAAUCAAGCAGGAGAGACCAGCCUCCCCUGUACCCAGCUGUGUGUCCAUGAAGAGUGACCGGUCUAUGGAACCUCCUAUGAAGUUUAGAGAGGGAGACUUUUCUACUGAACAAAGAAACCAACAGGCGAGAACAGAGUCAGAGAUUCUCAGUGGUCAGUCUUCCAAGAGUCAUCAAACAGACCUGGCCUCCAUAUUCAGUUUGCUUGAAGAGAAAAUUAUGACAUUUGUGAAGAACGAGCUGAAGAUGUUCAAGAGGAUUCUUAGUCCAGAACUCCCACAAGGCUUUGAGAGUCAGAAGCAGGAAGUGGUGGAUGCUGAAGAUGAGAAGCAGGAGAGCAGUGCCAGAGAGGGGGCUCUGAAGAUCACACUGCACGUCCUGAGGAAAAUGAACCAGAAGGAGCUUGCUGACACACUGGAGAAAUAUUCAGAUGAGCUUGCUGUGAUUUGCCAACGUGAACUCAAAUCUAAUCUCAAGAAGAAGUUUCAGUGUGUAUUUGAGGGGAUCGCUAAACAAGGAAACCCAACACUUCUCAAUAAGAUCUACACAGAGCUCUACAUCACAGAGGGUGGAACAGGAGAGGUCAAUAAUGAACAUGAGCUGAGACAGAUUGAGACAACAACCAGGAAACAAGCAAGACCAGAGACUCCAAUCAAAUGUAACGACAUCUUCAAACCCUUAACUGGACAAGACAAACUUAUCAGAACUGUGCUGACAAAGGGAGUCGCUGGCAUUGGAAAAACAGUCUCUGUGCAGAAGUUCAUUCUGGAUUGGGCUGAAGGAAAAGCAAAUCAGGAUGUCCAAUUUGUAUUUUCAUUCCCUUUUCGGGAGCUGAAUUUGAUGAAAGAGGACAAACACACUUUCAUUAAACUUCUCAAUCACUUCUCAAUGGAAACCAAACAAUCAGGAAUCUCCAACUACAACAAGUACAAAGUUCUGUUCAUCUUUGAUGGUCUAGAUGAGUGCCGACUGCCCCUAGACUUCCAGAAGAACAAGAUCUGUUGGGACGUCACAGAGUCAACCUCAGUGGAUGUUCUGCUGACAAAUCUCAUCAAGGGAAAUCUGCUUCCCUCUGCUCUCAUCUGGAUAACAACCCGACCUGCAGCAGACAAUAAGGUCCCUUCAGUGUGUGUUGACCAGGUGACAGAGGUACGAGGGUUCAAUGACCCACAGAAGGAGGAGUACUUCAGGAAGAGAUUCAGUGAUAAGGACCUGGCCAGCAGAAUCAUCUCACACAUAAAGACAUCAAGGAGCCUCCACAUCAUGUGCCACAUUCCAGUCUUCUGUUGGAUUUCUGCAAUAGUCCUUGAACACAUGCUGAAACAUAAGAGAAAAGAGAUGCCCAAGACUCUGACUGAGAUGUACACACACCUUGUGGUGUUUCAUACCAAACAGAAGAAUGAAAAGUAUCUUGGGAAAGAAGUGAGAGGUCCACACUGGAAUAAAGAGAGCAUUCUGUCACUGGGAAAACUGGCUUUUCAACAGCUUGUGAAUGGCAAUCUGAUUUUCUAUGAAGAAGACCUGAAAGUGGCUGACAUUGAUAUCAAUGAAGCCUCAGUGUACUCAGGAUUGUGCACACAGCUCUUUAAAGAGGAAUGUGGGCUGUACCAGGACAAGGUGUACUGCUUUGUUCAUCUGAGCAUUCAGGAGUUUCUGGCUGCUGUAUAUGUGUUCCUCUCAUUCAUCAACAACAAUGAGAAUCUAAUAGACAAACUUCAAACAAAAGACAAGACUGAAGUUACUUUCUAUAAGAGUGCUGUGGAUAAAGCCUUACAAAGUGAGACAGGAAACCUGGACCUUUUCCUCCGCUUCCUUCUGGGCCUCUCACUGGAGUCCAAUCAGAAGUACUUACGAGGUCUACUGACAAAGACAAGAAUCAACUCACAGAGCCAUGAAGAAACAGUCAAGUACAUCAAGGAGAAGAUCAGGGAGAAUCCCUCUCCAGAGAGGUGCAUCAAUCUGUUCCACUGUCUGAAUGAACUGAAUGACCAUUCUCUCGUGGAGGAGAUCCAAAACUUCCUGAGAUCAGGAAGUGUCUCCAGUGAAGAACUGUCCCCUGCACAGUGGUCAGCUCUGGUCUUUGUGUUGCUGACUUCAGAAAAGGAGCUGGAUGUGUUUGACCUGAAGAAAUACUCUAGAUCAGAGGAAGGUCUUCUGAGACUGCUGCCAGUGGUCAAAGCCUCCAGAGCUGUUCUCCUGUCAGGCUGUGGAGUCACAGAGGAAGGCUGUGCUUCUCUGGUCUCAGCUCUGACGUCAAAUCCCUCACACCUGAGAGAGCUGGAUCUGAGUAACAAUGACCUGAAGGAUUCAGGAGUGAGGCUGCUCUCUGCUGGACUGGGGAAUCCCCACUGUAAACUGGAGACUCUGAGAUUCACUGUCUGUAAACUCACAGACACAUCCUGUAAAGUGUUGGCCUCAGUUCUCAGUUCAAACCCCUCACACCUGAGAGAGCUGGAUCUGAGUAACAAUGACCUGAAGGAUUCAGGACUGAAACUGCUCUCUGCUGGACUGGGGAAUCCCCACUGUAAACUGGAGACUCUGAGGCUGUCAGGCUGUCUAGUCACAGAGGAAGGCUGUGCUUCUCUGGUCUCAGCUUUGAGGUCCAACCCCUCACACCUGAGAGAGCUGGACCUGAGCUACAAUCACCCAGGAGUCUCAGGAGUCAGACUGCUCUCUGCUGGACUGGAGGAUCCACACUGCAGACUGGAGAAACUCAAUGUGGAACAUGGUGGAGAGAACACAAUGAAACCUGGGAUUAGAAAAUAUGUCUGUGAUCUCACACUGGACCCAAACACAGUAAACAGACUCCUCUCUCUGUCUGAGGAGAACAGAAAGGUGACAUGUAGGAGAGAGAAGCAGCCAUAUCCUGAUCACCCAGAGAGAUUUGAGGACUGGUACCAGGUGCUGUGUAGAGAGGGUCUGACUGGGCGCUGUUACUGGGAGGUAGAGUGGAAUGGGAUAGGUGCUGAUAUAGGAGUGACAUAUAAAGGAAUCAGCAGGAGAGGAAGGGUUAAUGACUGUAGGCUUGGAGCCAAUGACAAGUCCUGGAGUCUGGUCUGCUCUGACAACCGUUACACUGCCUGGCACAAUAAUAAACACAUUACCAUAGACGUCCCCUCCUCCAGCUCCCACAGAGUAGGAGUGUAUCUGGACUGGCCAGCCAGCACUCUGUCCUUCUAUAGAGCCUCCUCUGACACACUGACCCACCUGUACACAUUCACCUCCACAUUCACUAAGUCCCUCUUUCCAGGGUUGUAUGUUUGGGAUGACUCCUCAGUGUCCCUGUGUCAGUUGGUCCCUGUGUCAAACACAACAUGAUGUUUCACUCUAAUCAGGGUCAUGUUCAGUAAGACACACUGGGGAGCAACAAUGUAGAAUAUCUCUCUGGUGCGUAAAAAUAUGAUUGUAAAUAUUAAUGAAUUAACACCAUUGAAGUUGACAGACAUUGUCAACUAAUUGUCAUUUAUUAAUAGAAUGAAUCACCACACUGUAUUGUAAAAACUGGUUUCAUUUGCAAAUCAUUGAUCGUGUUGUUAUUGGGCUUCUUGGUGUUUGUAAAUAUUGUAGAAUGUUUAUUUUUUCAAAUUCUUGACACAACAGUCUUGUUUCUGCAUGAACUCAAUUCAACUGAAUGAAACAAUAUGACAGAUGUGACGAAUAAAGGUUAAUAAACCAGA